GAGCGUAUCUCUGUUCGUAUGUUCGUCUUUGAAGCAUAGGUACGCCAUGUUCUCGGUCGUUGUAUUCAGAGAGAAAUAGUGAUUGCAGUAGAAGGGAGACGGAGCGUGCAGAAGGCAGUAGAGGAGGAAGAGAGAAAGAGGAAAGGAGGGAGUGAGGAAAAGAAACAGAGAUAGACGAAUGACAGAAAUGCAUAGCCGUGCUAGCAAGCAGCAAGAACAGCAGCAGCGUAUAGAGGAGAGAUCGCGUCGUCCACGCGUAAUUCGGGGCGUGUGCUAGGUUGGUUGGUUUCCCUAGCUCGUGUCCGUGGCUGCGAAUCGAAGAUGUACCGGUGGCAGUGCGGGAUACGCGUCAUCGUCCCGUGACGACGACGUUAGAGAGGUGCGAGACCGCGAGCACGGUGUGGGCAGGUCGCGGCCAUUUUUACCACACGAUGCGGCAACCGUGCGUGCCCGUUCGAUCCGCCAUUCCAAACAAUCGGUGUACUUCGUGCCCUCGCAGGGUGCAUCUAGCCACGGCAACUCGUGGAGGCACCGUCAAGCAACAAUAAUACGUGCCUCUUUAUCAUCGAUACGAGCAUUUUUUGGGCUCGAGCACGACGAGACAGCUCGUGAAAGCCGGCAGUGUUACUGGUGCUGGUGGUGGACGUCGUCGACGACGACGUGGUGGAAAAGGAGAAAGAAAAGAAGAAGAAUGAUGAUGAUGAUCGUGAUCAUGGCGAAAAAGAAACGACUCGAAUGGCCGAUACAUUGGAAUACUAUUGGAGCUAUUCGAGAAUGCCUGUGAUUCGUGUUUAAUUGCGCACAGUGUGUUCGCCGAUGAUAGUGCCGUUUGUGCCCAGUGUCUCUCUGUUUCUCUCCGUGUAUCGCUCUCCGUCUGUCCGCCCUGUGCGUGCGUGUUUCGCGUGCCUCCUCGCCACGCACCGGACUCUCUCCUCUUCCUUGGCAGCGCGAUCGAUGUGACACCGUGUGACCGUUUGAACGUCUUUCCGGACGAAAAUUCUCGUUAACUCUGUCCUAUUGAACUUGCCGAUUCCUGGGAUAUAAGAAGACGAGGAAUCGAAUCCCCAAUGUUAUAAAUGCGUGUAUCCCGUCGGUAAACGUUCUGUCUUGUGAGAGUGUGUAUCCAAAGGUAGUGUGUAGUGCUCUCUUACUCGCGCUCUCUUCACCGUCUGUGAGUUCCCCUCAGUCCCUCUUUCUCUUCUACUCCAUCUAUCUCUCUUAUUCUUCACUUAUUCUCGUUUUCUCUGUUUUUCCAUUCCACCAUCAUACCUUUCCUCGUUUCUCUUUCUUUCAUUUUCUUCUUCUGUCUCCUAGUUUUUCUCUUUUUCUCUUGUAAUAAAGAAGCAUUAAGGACCACCGCGCGUAGUAGAAUGCUCGACGACACCACGAUACAACGCUUGUCAUCGUUUACGUCGUUCUCGCGUUCAUCGUGGUUGCUCCCCGAUCGUCUCCAAUUUUCUCACGGCUUCUUCCGAACCGAGGAAGCUGAAUCGUUGAGGGCACCUCGAUCGUGAGGUGGUGACGACCAGCUCGUAUCGGGGCGCGACAACGGCCUCUCGUACGGGAACAGGACGUCUGCCUCGAGAUGGAGAUCGAGGCGAAACAACGGAAUCAGAGGAAUCGGAGACGAGAACGAGCCCAACGUAUGUUGGCACAGAGAGAGAGUUUGGCCACCGCGAAGCAGCAGCAGCAACAGCAACAACAACAACAGCAACAAACAAGGCAACGGCCGAACGACGAGGAGGACAGCCACAGCGGCGAGGACGAAGAUCCUGCUGCCGGUCUUGGCCUCGGACUUGCCAGGACCGGUCAUCCUCGUGACAGCCAUUCGCGACCGCCUAGGCCACCGCGACCUCCGAGGCCUCGUAAGAAGUCUUCCCUUGCGGCUGCCAACCAGAAGGAGCCUCCCUUCGAAGAGGACAUUAUUGACGGCUUUGCUAUACUCGCUUUCCGCACCUACGAAGAACUCGAGAGUGCAAUAAAGCUAGCUGGCAAAAAUAAUGUCAAGAAAUUGCAUACAUUACUAUCAAUAGUGGAAGAGAAACCAAAGGUGGAUAUAGGACAAAAUAAUAGACACAACGAGCAUCACAUCAAAAAUCAUUUCAAGCACAACCAUUAUACACACAAUUCCAUACUGACACCUUCUACGAUAAACCAGGGCCUAGAUGCAGGUACAAGUGACGAUAGUGGUAGAGCAUCUGAACAAUUGCAUGGCCCUGGUAUACCUAGGGAUUGCCAGGACGCAGACAGUUCCAGGGACCACCUCAGCGAUGCUAGCAGUCAUUGCAGUUCGGGUAAAGGUUAUAUCUGUGAUAGUGAAGGAGAAGACGAUAAGGGCUCGGAUGCUGAAUCGAUACUCUUUGAAUCUUCUACCCCACCACCCCUUGCACGUAAAUACGAAUUGCCAUCAUCUUCACCACACGUUUUGCCUCCAGCGAACGGAGCAGGAGGUUCACCUCCAGACACGGGUGGACAAAUUUCUAAUCCAGCAACGGAUGCUCCGGCACCUAUACCACCUCCUGUGCCUGCGUCUGCACCAGUUCCAACAGCGCCAAGUCCUCCCAGUCCUACUCUACCCCCUCACAUAUCCCAACCACCUAUGACUAGUCCAUUGGCAGCAAAUCCACGUGCAAUAGCUCCGCAACAGCGGCCAGCUUCCCCUGCUCUGCCACCUCCUUCUUUGUCCCAACCUCAUACUACAAUACCUGCACUACAUCCACCCAAUGUACCCCUUGUUUCGUCAAGUCAUACAACUAGUCCUGCAGUAGCCAGCUUAGGCGUUACCCCAGCAGCACCAUCAAACGGAGCUACAACCACUAGUUAUCCACCGUCGAUACCCAUGGCUGCUUAUCCUCAAACCCAACCAUCUUAUCCACCUCUUUAUACACCAUACACUGCUUUAAAUCACAGUCCAUACCUUCCGCCUGCAGUUCCAUCUCCCUCCCAUUCUGCUUCUUCACGGGCAGAAGUGAGAGGAAGUAGAGCUUCCCCAUGUACUAAUAUAAGUAAACAACAACCUAUAGGGAAUAAUACCACAAAUCAUAAUACUCCUCUGAGCGCUGCCACUACGACAUGUGUAUCUACAAUAACUAAUACAGUUACUACAGCAAAUACCAUUGCUCACAGAGACAUGGUAGCUUGUAGUUUGACUGGAAGAAACAAUAAUUCGCCUCGUGGACAUAGUCCGAAUCGAGAAAGAGAUAGUUAUAGCAGUAAUGUCAGUAGCCUAAGUCGAGGUAGCAUAACGCCUGUAAGUGUGCCAAACACAUCUUCUCCAGCCAAUUCUAGUCUACCUGCAUAUACCAAACCACAAGGAUGGAUCGGUAGCAGCACAACUUCACAAUUAUCUCCAGCAACAGCAACAUCAGUUCCAAGGCCAACUCCUCCACCAGUACCACUUGGCAUGCACACGUUUCCGCCGCCAAUGUUCGCAGCACCCUUACCACCUCCUGUGUCUAGUUCCAGUCCACAUACGUCACUGCCUUCAUUACCACCGCCAACGACUAAUCCUAAUCCAUUCUCUGCCGAGUCACUUUUUCAAACAAGGGUGACUCAUGUCGCAGGUCAGGCAGACCUGUUAAGGCGAGAGCUUGACAAUAGAUUCUUGGCAUCCCAAGACAGAAACGUUGGAGUCGGAGUUGGCAAUUUGGGUCCACCCCCGUAUCUUAGGACAGAGAUGCACCAUCACCAACAUCAGCACACUCAUGUACAUCAACACACUACACCUUUGCUUCCACCAACGGCCGCAACUACUUUAUUUCCGCCUCCUAUAUUCAAGGACAUCCCGAAAUUAGGAGGCGUUGAAUCCCCAUUUUUUCGUGGAAAUCUAAAUCUUUCUAGUUAUUCUGGCUUUAAUACCGGUCUCUUACAUCCCGGAAUUGGCCCACCUUCAACUCCUUUUGUACCUCCCAAUCAUUUAACGUCAUUUGCACCAAAGAAAAGUGGAAAGUGGAAUGCAAUGCAUGUUCGCAUUGCUUGGGAAAUUUAUCAUCAUCAACAAAAACAACAAGCGGAAGCGAAAGCAGGAAGUGUCGUUAAUACUAAAACAGAACUUCUACGACCACCAGGUCAUCUUUAUGCAGCAGGUCCAGGAACUGGUCUUGGAAUAGGAGCAUCUCCAAUGGCACCACCAUUUCCUACUAAUAUACCACCGGCACAUCCUGCACCACCUCCACCUCAUCCAGUUGGUUUUCUAUCUACACCAGCAUCACAUUUAGGAACAGGAAUGUCACCAUUUGGAAGAUAUCCAUCAACAUUUGGUGCACCUAAUCCGAAUUUUCCUGGUCUUUCUAGUUUUCCUCCAUCGAGAGAAAUGCCACCAUUAGGUGGAUUAGGUUCUGUUCAUGAUCCAUGGAGAGGGUUACAAAGAGCCUCUGCUGGCUUUCCACCAACCACAGCAGUGUCAUGGAGUCUAAAACCAGAACCACCUGCAAUUGACAGACGAGCUGAACUUGAAGAACGAGAACGCGAACGAGAACGCGAACGCGAGCGUGAGCGGGAGCGUGAACGUGAACGCGAACGUGAACGAGAACGAGAACGCAUAAGACGUGAAAAAGAAAGAGAAAGAGAGGAACAACGCGAAAGAGAGAGACGAGAACGUGAAAAAGAAGAAAAGAGAAAACAGCAGGAAGCUGCUGAGCGAGAAAGGGAAAGAAGAGAUAAAGAACGUAGAGAAAUGGAAAGACGCGAAAUGGAGCGUGAAAGGUUACUUCAUCAAAAUCGACAACAUGUAGUCGUUGGUCGGGAACGGUCACCUCUAAGAAAUGGAUCAGCACCUAUAGAUGCUGGCGAAGUACGUGUUAAAGAGGAACCACGAAGUAAAGAUGAUGAAGUGGUAAUGCUUCCAAGGCCACCAGGUCCUGGCCCUGGAACAGCAUCUGCAGCAACAGGACCUGGUCCAAGUCCACUGCCUGAUACAAGAUAUCAUCAUCCUCAUCCCCAUUCAUACCUUGCAAGGCAUCCACAUAGUAUGCCUGCGCCGCAUUCCAUGCCACGAAGUAUGCUCCCUGCCUUGAGUGCACAUCCAAUGCAACAUUUUCCACCUCCAUCCGCACCGACUGGUCAACCAGGAGGUCCUUGGCCUGGGGAUCCUUUUAGGGAUUAUCGUUAUGAUCCUUUGCAACAAUUACGUUAUAAUCCAUUAAUGGCUGCUGCAUUUCGAGCAGAGGAAGAAGAAAGGGCUAAACUUUAUGCUGGAUAUCCACCACCACCUGUAAAUUCUUUAAGAAGUAAGGAUCCAAGUCCUGGUCCAUUGAGUAAUUUGCACAUGCAUCAUAGAGCAGGACCUGGACCAGGGGUACCAACACGACAAUUAGAGCCUGCUUUGAUGCAUGCGGAUAUACAUAAAAAGGAGGAUGCUUCUCAAUCUCGAUGAUAUAUCCUCCCUACGUCCUCAGCUUCUGCAAGUGAACGCACUAAAGGGUCAGCAUUCUGAGCAUUUGCGUAAAGUAUCCAGGCCCCGGUGCUAAUAUUUUGCUAAUGGAGAAGAGGCGUUAUUUAAAAAAAAUUGUAUAUAAAUUAUUAAUAUUUAUAGUUAUCGAAAAAGUGCGAAAAAACGAAAAACGUAUAGGACACUUAAAAAUAACAAAUACACGCUCUAAUAAUAAGAUCGUUAAAAAAUGCCUUGUUUCGUGAUCAUAAGAUUCCGUCUGAUUACAUGAUGGAAGUUAAAGGACGAAUCAUCGAUAUAGAUAAAUCAAGGCAUUUGUUUAAAUAACGUGGUCACAAAAAAAAAAAAAAAA